GUGUCGUUCGUAAAUCGGUUCACCUAUUUUACAUUUCAUUAUGUCUGGACGUGGAAAAGGAGGCAAAGUCAAGGGAAAGGCAAAGUCCCGUUCGAGCCGCGCUGGAUUGCAGUUUCCAGUCGGUCGUAUUCACCGUCUACUCCGAAAGGGCAACUAUGCCGAGCGUGUUGGAGCCGGUGCUCCCGUCUACCUGGCUGCCGUGAUGGAGUAUCUGGCCGCUGAAGUUCCCGAGUUGGCCAUCCGCAACGACGAAGAGCUGAACAAACUUCUUUCCGGAGUGACCAUCGCUCAGGGUGGUGUCCUGCCAAACAUCCAGGCCGUCCUGUUGCCCAAGAAGACCGAAAAGAAGGCCUAAAUUCGAUCGAAGU